GUGGCCAUGUUGUAUCUCUAGAGGGGUCGACGAAUAGCCAAGCUGUGCGGGUUGCUUUGGCCACAAAACUUGACUUCCGCCGGAGGCCUCUUUUGACCCCGAGGACACUUCAGCUGUUGUGUUUUAUAAAUAUAAUCCAUAUGAGCAUAUAGGUUAGCGAAAUUGCUCCCAAACCGCCGCCGGACCUAAAAAUGCUGCACCGCACACGAGUCCCCGCGACCGCGGCCACAGCGUCUGGCAAGGCCACCCAGCUCCCAGCUCGUGUUAUUGUACCAUGUGCCAGCGAACAGCAGCAGUCGCUGGCACCGUCGCCGAGCCCGCAUGCUCGCGGUGCCGGGAGCGUCGCCUGUCGCGCCCGGCGCGUUGACAACGAUAUCGCGGGCAUGGACCUGGAGGAGCGUCUGGAGCGCCUGGACCAGAUUUCGGGGCGCGUGGGAAGGCUCCGCAGCGUGUAUGACCGCCAGAGUCUGCUGGAGCAGAUGGGCGCGUUAGACCCGGCACUGUACCAGGAGGAGACGAAGGACCCGGAUGAGGAGGACGACGGGGAGGAGCUGGUGUGGAUUCCCUACAACAGCGACCCCACCACCCACAACGAAAUCCGGGCGGUGGAGGAGCCGGUGCCGGGGGGGCUGGGCACACACAUGGUGACCACCGCCGGCGUUGACGAGGAUGAGGCCAUCAUCCAGGUGCCCCUGCACAAUUGCCUGCUGCUGUACAUCUGCGAGGGGCUGCAGACAACCGACACGCUGGAGCGACAGGAGGCGGCCGCGGACUUCCAGUCCAUGCAGGCCACCUUCCUGGAGCGCUGGUGCGAGUUCCACGGCCCGCUCCCGGAGGCCCUGGUGGCGUGGCUGAUGGAGUUUGGCCUGCAGGCCCCCAACGCCCGCGCCAAGAUGGCGGUGUGGCUGCUGUGGCUGGACGCCUGCUGCGAGUCGCCCUACUGGAAGCAGGCGCUGGCGGCGCUGCCGCAGGAGGCGGACAUGCCAAACCUGGAGUUUGCGGCCGACGAGGAGCUGGCGCAGCUGCAGUGGGCGCCGCUGGCCAUCCCCGUCGGCGUGCGCCGCGAGGCGCUGCGCGAGUUCUACGCCGCCUUCUGCCGCUCGCCGCUCGCGGCGGACAUGGGCUUCGAGGUGGCUGGGAUUGACGCCGGCGCCGUGAGCGCCGCGAGCGGCGGCGAGGAGUCGGGCUCAGACUCGGAUCAGCCGUCCACCAGCGGGCGCGGCGGCAGUGGCAGCGCGGGCAAGGGCAGCAGCGGCCGCGGCAAGGGCCGCGGCACCAAGGGCCGAACUACGGCGGAGCCGGUGGCCGCGGCUGCACCGGCGGCGGCGCCGGCCAAGCGGCCGCUGCCGCCGUUUGAGCGCUUCCUGUGGGCGUACUGCCACGCGGAGGCUCGCAGCAUGGCGCAGGGCGAGCGGAUCGUCUUCUUCCCGCAGGCCUCGCCCGUCCUGUACACCACCGAGCCCUCCGCCACCAACACCACCAUCGCCUUCGUGGCGCAAGACGGCCCCAUUCUGGACGAGUGGGCGGUGGUGGCGGCGCUCAAGCCGCUGGGGCCCGGCGCCGUGCUGGGAGCCUCCGCGCCCUUCCUGGCCGGGCCCGCGCGGGGCGGCGGCGGCAGCACCACGCAGCUGCUGGAGCAGUUCGGCGUGCUGGCGCCGGCGCGCACCGGCGGCAAUGCGGCGGACCUGAUCGACCUGCAGCCCGACAUUGGUUCUCUGACGGAUGUGGUGUACAAGCAGGCGUUUGGGCAGGAGGCCGCCACUCGGCUGGACAUGGUGACCGACCCGCGUGUGCGCCACAUCCUGUCGCUCAUCAAGACCAACGACGCGGAGAAGGAGCAGAUGCCCUUCGUGAAGGACAUCCUGCCAGCGCUGCAGGUCUCCCGGCUGUGGGGCCCUGGCCUGAUCUCGGGCGUGCAGCGACUGCGGCUGGUGGAGGUCAGGGGCGAGGUGCCACCCGAGGACCUGGAGGCGGUCCGCGAGGAGAUGUACGAGGAGGAGCGCGUGGCGGAGGAGGUGGCGCGCAUCCGCGCCGAGGCCGCAGCCGCCGCCGGCGACGCGCCCAGCCCCGGCCCGCCCCCGGUGGAGUACGACGAGUUCGAGUCGUGGCGGCAGGACCCCAGCCUGACGGAGCUGCGGGAGGUGCCGGGAGACCUGGAGCUCAUCAAGACGGCGGCGGGCCGUGCGGAGUGGCGGCGCAUGCUGGCGGCCUGGCACUCCAUCCCGCGGGCGCCCGCCAACACGCGCGAGCACGGCCGCCUGAUGGACCUGGCGGUGGCGGGCGCGCCGGUGCACAAGGUGUUCUCCUCGCCGCGCGACAUCACGCGCGAGCUGGCCGCCGCUGACGCCCUCCUGGCCGAUAUCGCCAAGCUGCUGGCCAGCUUCCCCACCACCGCCGAGCAGGACCAGCAGCUGCUGGCAGCUGCUGGUGCCGGAGCAGCCUCCGGAGCCGCGCGCGGCCGCGCCCGCAGCGGCCGCCGCACCACCGCCUCUGGCAGUGAUAGCGACGGCGAGGGCCGCAGCGCGGCGGGCACGGGCGCGAUCACGUCCGUGCGGCAGCAGAGCAUUGUGUCGUGGCGGCUGGAGUUCAAGCUGGUGUGGGGGCAGAUGCAGGGCAUGGUGCAGGAGUACCGGGACGCGUUGGCAGCGGCGGAAAAGGCGGCGGAGAAGGAGGCCGGCGCGCUGGCGGCGGUGUGAACAGGCGUUGUGAGGGUGGGGGUGCAGUGGAAGUCGCGGAUGCAGGAGGAGUGAUGGUCUCGGCUGGGGAGGUGGAGAUGUUCUGAGCUAGUUGAGAACCGUUAAGGGAGUGAGUCGGACCUUCAUGAACUCAAGGCCUCGGGCUGGUCCGUUACGGACUGAGGUUCUGCUCGUAUUGCUGACGGUCGGUGGGGUUACGGUCGGUGGUGUACUGACUCUUAAGGCUGCCAGUCCUGAGCUACAAGGACCUGAGGCUGGCGCUACCGGCUGUAAGAUAUGCUACCG